AUGGGCAGGGUGUCCUUCAGCUUUCGAGUUGGCUCGGUCCGGAGAUCCCGCUCUGCUUGCCAGGGGCUCUGCUACCUCUCCUACAGAGUCCCUCUUCCGCCAGGCGCCGGCGGCACAUCCAGUGGACUCAGCCGCACACCGGCGCUUGGGGAGGCUGCCGGUGGAGCCGUCGGAACCAGCCCCUUUGGGAUCCACGGCUUGCUCUCUGCACCCUCGUUUCAGGCAUCCGGUAGCUGGAAGGACUGCGCAGCAGCCUUGCCUGCCCCAGACGUCUUGGGAGCUGAUGACAAUAACAUGGGAGAUGGCUGCUCACAGAAGCUGGCCACAGCUAAUAUCCUUCGCUUUUUGCUGCUGGUCCUGAUUCCGUGCAUCUGUGCGCUCCUUGUCUUGCUGGUGAUCCUGCUCUCCUUUAUUGGAACAUUAAAAAAGACCUAUGUUAAAUCAAAUGGAAGUGAACCUAUGGUUACUGAUGGUGAAGUUCAAGUGCCUGAUGUUAUUCUGAUAAAUACAAUUUAUAAUGAGAGCACGAUGGUACCUACUGUACAUCCCAACCAACGCAUUCCAGCCUGGACUAUGGAUGCUUCUCUCCCUGGGGAUCAAAGUCACAGGAACACAAGUGCCUGCAUGAACAUCACCCACAGCCAAUGUCAGAUGCUGCCUUAUCAUAACACAAUGACACCUCUCAUCUCAGUUAUCAAAAACAUGAAAAUGGAGAAGUUCAUCAAGUUCUUCACAUACCUCCAUCGUCUCAAUUGCUACCAGCACAUCAUGUUAUUUGGCUGUAGCCUCGCCUUCCCUGAAUGCAUCAUUGAUGGAGAUGACAGGCGUGGCCUCCUGCCCUGUAGAUCUUUCUGUGAGGCUGCAAAGGAAGGCUGUGAGUCUGUCCUGGGGAUGGUGAACUCCUCCUGGCCCAAUUUUCUCAAAUGCUCCCAGUUUAAAAACCAAACUGAAAGCAGCAACAUCAGCCGGAUUUGCUUCUCCCCACAGCAGGAAAAUGGAAAGCAAUUGCUCUGCGGAGGAGGUGAGAACUUUCUGUGCACCAGUGGGAUCUGUGUCCCCCAGAAGCUACAGUGUAAUGGCUACAAUGACUGUGAUGACUGGAGUGACGAGGCACAUUGCAACUGCAGUGAAGAUCUGUUUCGCUGUCACACAGGCAAAUGCCUUAAUUAUAGCCUCGUGUGUGAUGGAUAUGAUGACUGUGGGGAUCUGAGCGAUGAGCAAAACUGUGAUUGCAAUCCUACAAAGGAGCAUCGCUGUGGGGAUGGGCGCUGCAUUGUGGCUGAGUGGGUGUGUGAUGGUGACCAUGACUGUGUGGACAAAUCCGACGAGGUCAAUUGCUCCUGUCACAGCCAGGGCCUGGUGGAGUGCAGUAAUGGACAGUGUAUCCCCAGCUCUUUCCAGUGCGAUGGAGACGAGGACUGCAAGGAUGGGAGUGAUGAGGAGAACUGUGGUGACAGUCAGACUCCAUGUCAAGAAGGAGACCAAAGAUGUCUCUACAGUUCCUGCCUUGACUCAUGUGGUGGAAGCUCUCUGUGUGACCCAGACAGCAAUCUAAGUAACUGCAGUCAGUGUGAACCCAUUACCCUGGAACUCUGCAUGAAUUUGCCCUACAACCAUACAAAUUAUCCAAAUUAUCUUGGCCACCAGACUCAAAAGGAAGCAUCCAUCAGCUGGGAGUCCUCGCUCUUUCCAGCACUGGUUCAAACGAACUGUUACAAAUACCUCAUGUUCUUUGCUUGUACCAUUUUGGUACCAAAGUGUGAUGUGAACACAGGCCAGCGCAUCCCCCCCUGCAGAGUACUGUGUGAACACUCCAAAGAACGCUGUGAGUCUGUUCUUGGGAUCGUGGGCUUACAGUGGCCUGAAGACACAGAUUGUAAUCAAUUUCCAGAGGAAAAUGCAGACAAUCAAACCUGCCUGAUGCCUGAUGAGGAUGUGGAAGAAUGUUCACCGAGUCACUUUAAAUGCCACUCAGGAAGAUGUGUUCUGGCUUCCAGAAGAUGUGAUGGCCAGGCUGAUUGUGACGAUGACAGUGAUGAAGAAAACUGUGGUUGUAAAGAGAGAGAUCUUUGGGAAUGUCCAUCCAAUAAACAGUGUUUGAAACACACAGUGAUCUGCGAUGGUUUCCCAGACUGCCCUGAUAACAUGGAUGAAAAAAACUGCUCAUUUUGCCAAGAUGAUGAACUGGAAUGUGCCAACCAUGAGUGCGUGUCCCGUGACCUGUGGUGUGACGGAGGAGCAGACUGCUCGGACAGUUCAGAUGAAUGGGACUGUGUGACCCUCUCUAAAAAUGUCAACUCGUCAUUCCUGACUGUCCACAGAUCUGCAGUGGAACACCACGUGUGUGCAGAUGGCUGGCAGGAGACCCUGAGUCAGCUGGCCUGCAGGCAGAUGGGUUUAGGAGAACCAUCUGUGACUGAACUGAUACAAGAACAGGAACAAGACCAGCAGUGGCUGAUGGUGCAGUCCAACUGGACGAGCCUCAAUGGAACCACUUUGCAUGAACUGAUGGUCCACAGGCAGUCUUGUCCAAGCAGAAGAAAGAUCUCUCUUCUGUGUACUAAACAAGACUGUGGGCGCCGGCCUGCUGCCCGCUUGAACAAGAGGAUCCUUGGGGGUCGGACGAGUCGCCCUGGAAGGUGGCCGUGGCAGUGCUCUCUGCAGAGUGAACCCAGUGGACAUAUCUGUGGCUGUGUUCUCAUUGCCAGGAAGUGGGUUCUGACAGUUGCCCACUGUUUAGAGGGGCGAGAGAGCGCUGCUGUGUGGAAGGUGGUGUUUGGCAUCAACAACCUGGACCACCCAUCCGCGUUCACGCAGACACGCUUCGUGAAGACCAUCGUCCUGCAUCCCCGCUACAGUCGAGCAGUGGUGGACUAUGACAUCAGCAUUGUGGAGCUGAGUGAAGACAUCCACGAGACGAGCUAUGUCCGACCUGUCUGCUUACCCAGCCCGGAGCAGUCUCUGGAACCAGAUACGUACUGCUAUAUCACAGGCUGGGGCCACAUGGGCAACAAAAUGCCUUUUAAGCUGCAAGAAGGAGAGGUCCGUAUUAUUUCUCUGGAACAGUGCCAGUCCUACUUUGACAUGAAGACCAUCACCAACCGGAUGAUAUGUGCUGGCUAUGAGUCUGGCACGGUGGACUCAUGCAUGGGUGACAGUGGUGGGCCUCUUGUUUGUGAGCAAUCUGGAGGACGGUGGACUUUAUUUGGUUUAACUUCAUGGGGCUCUGUCUGCUUUUCCAAAGUCCUGGGGCCUGGUGUGUAUAGCAAUGUUUCAUACUUUGUUGAAUGGAUUGAAAAACAAAUAUAUAUCCAUACCUUCCUCCUAAAGUAA